AGUUCCGUUUCAGAAUAUUUGAGAUAUCUUUAUCUAUGAUGAAUUCAAUAUUUCAUUUUACCCUGUUAUGCUUUUGGUUGCUUUCUUUGACAAUGGCAUCAAAUACAAUCCUUCAAAACUUAUUUAAACGGAUACCUUUCGACAAAUGCCUUGCGUCGAAAGACCCAGCUUAUCCAAGUCAGUCAGCAAGCAGCAGGAUCCAAUGUAGUGCACUUUGCGCCAGAAAGAAUUUCUGCAGAUAUUUUACAUACGAAAGAAGCAAUUCAAAAUGUUCUUUGCUCCAUUCCUGGAAUGAUAUUCUUGGUCUUCAAUCUUUGGAUGAUUCCCAAACUUAUUAUUCUGUUGAUGAAGGUAACAUCUGGAACAUGAUUUACUUUGUAAAAAGCGGUGUGGAUGUCAACGUAAGUGCAACUUAUUCUGAAGGUGGAAUAUCUGGUUGUCAGUCUCCAGUUGUUGUGACAAAGGAGAAAAUGGUAUCAGAAACCACAGAAGAAAACGAUAAAUGUUUGAACUACUAUAGAAGCAACCUGAUUGACAUUUGGAACAACCUGCCUAUUGCGAAGGUAAAACUGGUUAUAAAGAAAGAUUCAGAAGUGGCUGUGUCAUUAGUAUUUGAUGGACGUGGUUCAACAAAGGAGUCCUGGUUUGAUGUCAGUAAAAUCCUUGAGUGUCCAUGGCCUUUUGAGGCUAACACCACACAUCUCCAUGUUGCUAUGAAUAUGUAUGUUCCAUACUUAAUUUUUGUCUCUUAA